UGCACGACGUUAAACCUAUUAUAACCGCCCUCGCCGGACCACCGUGAGCACCGCCGCUAGAGCUAUCAUUUUCACCUUCGCUACUCAAUCCGCGGCAACUUCAAUUCAUAAUAGCAUAACUCUUACUUCCACCUUUUUCAUUCACUUCAAUUACUCCACUAUCAAAAAAAUUGAGGGUUAUAGUAGUGACUAUUGAUGGCUGCAACAAGGACUCGAGUAAGUAGCUUUUCUCGUAAUGUGUCAACUGUAACGUCUCAGAAUUCAGGACUCAAGCAUGGCCCUAAUGGGACAACAUUUAUAUCGUCUGGGAUUCAAGAUCUCGACAAGAUUUUAGGUGGUGGUUUUUCUCUUGGUAGCCUUGUGAUGAUUAUGGAAGAUGCAGAAGCACCUCAUCACAUGCUUCUAUUGAGAAAUUUUAUGUCUCAGGGACUGUUACACAAACAGCCACUCUUGUAUGCUAGUAGUGCUUCUAGAGACCCUAAAGGAUUUCUUGGUACUUUGCCUGCUCCAGCCUCAGCCAAAGAGGAUAAAACUCGAGAUCUUACUAAUGAAAAGGAUCUGAGAAUUGCUUGGCAAUACAAGAAGUACUUUGGUGAUCCUCAGUUAAAUAUCAGCUCUAAUAAUGGUGCUCAACAUGAUUACUGCAAUGAUUUUGACUUACGGAAGCCUCUAGAUAGACAUUUUUAUAGUGGCAAGAAUGCAGAUUGUGUCAGCAUCCAAGAUUCUCCAAACCUUACUUCUCUUCAAGAUCAAUGUGCUGGAUUUCUAUCUCAAUUCUCAAGAAAUGAAGCCAAUAUUUCCUCUGCUGGCCGUAUUGCAAUUCAAUCAUUCUGUUCUCCGCAAUGCAAAUAUGCAAACAUGGAGUGGCAUAUGCUAUCUUUUGUUAGGUCCCUAAAAGCCAUGACACGAUCUUCAAAUGCUGUUGUUGUUGUAACAUUUCCACCUUCACUUCUUUCUCCAUCUUGUUCAAAAAGAUUGCAACAUAUGGCAGACACCUUGCUUUCUGUCAGAGCAAUUCCAGAUGAGGAUAAAGAAAUGGCAAGACUCCUCACAGGUUACCAAGACAUGAUUGGACUUCUUAAUGUACAUAAAGUCGCACGGUUAAAUACACAGGUUCCAGUGAUUCUUGAGGCCACAACAUUCUCAAUAAAAUUGCAAAAAAGGAGGUAUUUGGUUCUAGAAUGUUUAAAUCAAGCUCCGGUUGACGGUUCAAGCGGGAGUUCGUAUAACACAUCUGGUAGUUGUUCUGGGUCAACUAAAGCAGGGUCACUUGAUUUUUAGAAUACACCUUAUGUAUAACUUUAAUGUUUGUGUAAACCAAAAUAAUCUAGCAGUAGUUGAAUGUAACCUUUAUUCUUUUUGUUUCUUCUUUUGAUAAUGACUUUUAUUUUAAGUGCUAAAAGAAAAUUUAUGUUA